AUGCUAUGUGGUGCUGUGGUGCUAAAUGUGGGUGCUAAAUGUGGUGCUGUGGUGCUAAAUGUGGGUGCUAAAUGUGGUGCUGUGGUGCUAAAUGUGGAUGCUAAAUGUGGUGCUGUGGUGUUGUGGUGUAGUGGUGUGCUUGAUGCUAUGUGGUGCUGUGGUGCUAAAUGUGGUGCUAUGGUGCUGUGGUGCUAUUUUCAAGAUAAAUUUAUUCUAUGUUAG